AUCUUCAGUGCUGACCUGCGCGUCGCAUACAUCGCUGCUUAUGGUUUUAAAUUCUUAUUUAUGGUCACUCGGCAACAGAAAUAUAUCUUUAAGCCAAAAUUAUGCUACGAUGAAUUAAAUGGAAAUAAAUCCAGGGUUCUCUGAGAGGAGUUGAAUCAAGGAUCUGUGACGAGCAUGUAGGUAAUACCUUCAAGAAGGCGGCCGAAAAGUAUGUAUGAAGUAAUAUUUCAAGAUCCCACCACACGAUUCUGUUGUGUCCGAUGCAAGUAUGGGCAACAGGCAGUCGUCAGUGAGAUCAACUCACUUCCAGCCAACGAACAUGGCAGCUGGACCGUAUGAAGAUGAAGUUGAUGACCACCACAUAAACAUCUCCAACAAAAUGGUAGAACGACUGGUGGAGGAUGGAGGCCUGGACCGCGGCAAGAGUACCGCCUCCGUCGUGUCUCCACGCUGCGACUUAAAAGAGAAGAUCCUGAUCGAGAAACUGAAGUGCUUGGACAAGUCGCACACGGAAAGGCUCGGACUAACUGUGGGUGAGGUGAAGGCGCUAACCAAGCGUGUCGAGAUGCGUACUUCAAACAUGGUGAGCACUGAGGCAGUGUGCGCCGCGUGCAAGGACAGGGUAAUCGCCUGCUACGACAGUGCUGCGGAUCCCGCCGGGGUCGUCAGAUGUUGGGAGACUGUGGGCGCAUUCACACAGUGCGUGCAGGAAGAAGCUGCGCAACGACUGCGCGCCCGCACCGAGCGAGACGACCGCGAACGUAUUCGACGUUCGCGUGACGUGGCGCUUGCUCGCGAACACGCCCUGAGAGAACUCUCGGGGCCCUACGGAGACCAUGAAUGAAGAUUUAUUGAAGCUUUUUAAACAGCUUUUACUAAUCCAAAUAUCCGUAUUGUAUACGCCUAAGUUGUGAAAUCAUGAAAACGUGUUUUUAUUUUAGCAGAAUCUAUAAUAGCAAUCGCUAAAUAAAUGAAGACCAGCACAGAUGUUCAGCGGUGUCAUUUAAUCUGUGGAAAUCCUUAAAAAUAGGACGAUAAUAUUUGUUUGUGUCAAAUUUCGUCGCGGUACUUGGAGAACAGCACAUCACAUUAAGUAGCUACAUGGGACACACUAAAAAUUUGUCAUUUCCAGCUAAUCGAAACUAUUUGAAUUGAAUGAUGACGAAUGUUAUAUUUUUUGAGAGGUACCUUCUUAUUAACAACAAAAAAACAAUUGGCGGGAAAUCAUUUGUCAAUUGUUUUUCACACAUCACACAUCAAAGUUUUACGUAGGUACGCAACGAAAAUGGAAUUAAAUCGAAAAGGUUCUAGAGCGAUGAUUUUUUAUGAUUUUAAAGUUCUCUCUGUGCGCAAGACUGUGCCGCUCGUCUUUAAAAUGCUUUUGGGAGAGAAGCGCCUUGCUUGAGCACCAUGAGGCGAUGGUUUGCUGAAUUUGUGAGAGGUCGCGUUUCUUUACAUGACGAAUUUCGUGAAGGGUGGCCUUCAACUGCCGUUAAGGAAAAUAAUGUGGCUAUUGUUAAGCGGCUAAUUGAAGAAAACCCGUGGAUUACCUGUGGGACAAUUCGAGAACUAUUGGGGAUUGGUGUGAGCCAAAUUCAGAAAAUUUUACACUAAGAAUUGAAAGUUCGGAAACUUUGUUGUCGUUGGAUCCCUCAUGAACUGACAGCGGAGCAGAAAUCCGCUCGCAUGGAAUGGUGCUCACAGAUGUUAAUGAAAUACGACGACGGACAUUCUAAUGCUGUUUAUGACAUUGUCACAGGAGAUGAAACGUGGAUUUAUUGUUUUGAACCCGACAAGAACAGCAAUCUUGUGAAAAUGAGAACAGGCCAACAAAGGCGGUAAAAAUGAUCGCAAUUUUUUUUCAGCUACGGGUCCCAUCUGUACAAUUCCACUUGAAGAUCAAAAGAGUGUUAAUACCGAGUGGUUGUACAAUUUGUUUACCCAGGGUGUUAAAACAAGUUCGCGAAAGCCGCGUUCUCCUACAUCAUGACAACGCUUCUUCACACACGGCCAACAAAACCAAGUCAUUUUUACCUUCCGAAAAAGUAUAACUCGCCACCCAUCCUGCACAUAGCCCCGACCUAGCACCCUGUGAUUUAUUUAUAUUUUCCCCAAAAUCAAAGAUUUGAUGAGAGGUUUCACUUUUAUCAAUUCCGAGGAGGCAUUUAUAGCGUUCAAUCAGCAGGUAGAAGACUUGCCUUCAGAUCUGUGGUCCUCCUGUUUUAAAAAAAUGGAUCGAUCGCAUGAAAAAAUGUUUUAAAUUUAAAGAAGAGUAUUUUGAAAAGCAAUAAACAUAUGUUUGGGUUUAAACAUAAUGUUUUUUUAGGUUACGCAAAACUUUUAGUGUGAUUUACGUAUAUAGAUGCCAUUCUAGUACGGUUAGCAAAAAUAUGCUAGUAAUAAAAAUUCUACUACGGUACUUCUUUUUUAAAAGAUUAUAUAGACUUUAUACGAUUUAAAAAAUGCGUGCAUACUCCCAUUGAGAUUUCAUUAAUUUUGCACAGACUCAGUAAAUAUUACAUUAUCCGUCAAUAAAACACUGAAUUACAAAAAAGUUAUAAUUAUUGUAAUUGGAUGACUAUUUACAAUGAUCACAAAAAUAUAUAUUUUAAUUUAUAUAUGUACAAUAUGCAAUAGUUUAGUUCCUUAAUUAAAAACCUAUUAUCAAUCAGACUUUUCAGUCACACUAUGAUACUAAAUGAUCACCUCAAAAGUUAUAAAGGGUUGAAAGGAGAUUUAGAUUAGGUAGUCUAAAUAACGAUAACGGCCAAAAAAGGUAAGAACAUUUACAUACAUACUAUACAGCCUUGUCAAUGGAAGCUAAGAAUUACAAUGAUUGUCACUUACAUCAUUUAUACGCCUAAAUAGAUAAUGACAGCUAUGAAAAAGUCGAAAAAAUAGAAUUUAGAACUAACCUCUAAUUUGUGAAAUUCACUUACACUAACACUAAGUGUCAUUCAAAUAGACGUAGACGUAGCUUGUCACGCAUACUAAACUAAUAUUCCUGGCCUGUUUUUAUCGGUUAUCAAAUAGCAAGAGACUAUCUAGACGUAUAAAUUAUAUAAGGAUUGUCAAUUAUCAAAAUCUUCUCGUCCCAAAUAACACAGUGUCUGAAGGCGAAGGUUUUCAACCAGUGUGUAUUACCAGUGAUGACUUACGGUGGGCCUGAUGAGAAAGUUCAUGGUCGCUCAGAGGACAAUGGAGUACUCGGAGUUUCCCUGCGAGAUCAAAUCAGAAAUGAUGAAAAGAUCCGCAGGAGAACCAAAGUCACCGAUAUAGCCCAAAUGUUUGCUAAACUGAAGUGGCAGUGGGCAGGGCACAUAGUUCGACGGACAUCCUGAUGGGGCAGAAGACUUCGAAUGGCGACCAAGUAACGGAAGAGGCAUUGUUGUCAUGGACCGACGAUCUGGUCAAGAUAGCUGCAAUAUAUUGGAUGUGGCCAGCGUCGUGGAGAUCUUUAGAGGAGGCCUUUGUCCAGCAGCAUAUAUCUUCCAGCUGAUGAUGAAUAUCAUCAAAUGCUUAAGAAAAAUAACAGAGUUGAUUAUCGAUUACAAAACAACGAAAAUUAUUAUUAUUAUGUUUGAAUAUAGAAAUCAAUUUUUUUUUAAAUCUAUAAAAAAUAUUAUUUUCUUGAUAAUAUAAUAUAUUUAUACAUGUCGGGAGAUAGCAUUAGGGACGAUUUGGUCGAAAAAUUUGUAUCUGACGUUUAGAGCUAUGUCAAGUUUUCUGGUAAAGACCCUCAUAUAUUUAUUUCGAAUAAUAAAGAAAUUCUGUUUACUUCAACUGGU